UCAGUUUGUUUGUGCGGGUUUUUCCACUGAUCGACGCUGUGUUGUAUGGAGAGUUUUACUCAGACGACUCUUUGACCAAGAGAUGGCCUCCAUGUUGUUACUGUUCUACCUCCAUCCGCAACCACCAGGAAAACCACCAGGAAGAACCACCAGGAAGAACCACCAGGAGAACCACCACCAGGAGAACCACCACCAGGAGAACCACCACCAGGAGAACCACCACCAGGAGAACCACCACCAGGAGAACCGUAGCAUCCGGAAAUCAGCCUCUGGUGCAGACGAGAGACUUGUAGUCUUUCAUAAGACAUCUGCAGUGGAGCUGUCGUGUUGCAGGACAGAGGGAUUACGUUUCUGGAGACACAACAGACACUUUAACAGCAGCAGCCAUGGUGGAUGCAGCAGCAGCCGAGCAGUUCCUGGACGCCAACCCGCAGUUCGCCAAGCAGUACUACGACAUCAACUUCCGGCCUAAGGUCAUCUCGGACCUGCUGGACAGCAACCGCAAGGUGACGCUGGACAUCAGCAGCUUCCACGAGCUGACGAUGGUGGACGAGAGCGAGAUCCUGUUCGACCUGGUGCGCGACAUCCAGGACAACCUGCAGAUGGAGAAGUCCGUCUUCAACCUCAUGAGGCACCUCAGCUUCAUGAUGAGGGCCGACCGCAUGAGCCUCUUCAUGUACCGGCAGAGGAACGGCGUGGCCGAGCUGGCGACCAGGUUGUUUAACGUCCACAAAGAUGCUGUAUUUGACGAAUGCCUGGUGCCGCCCGACAGUGAGAUCGUGUACCCGCUGGACAUGGGCAUCGUGGGCCACGUGGCCACCAGCAAGAAGAUGGUCAACAUUCCUGAUGCGUCAGAGAGCCCUCAUUACAGCGACUUUGUCGACGAGCUGACCGAGUACAAGACGAAGAGCGUCCUCGCCGUCCCCAUCAUGAACGGCAAAGACAUGGUGGCCGUCAUGAUGGCGCUCAACAAGCUGGACGGGCCCAGCUUCACCGCCAAGGACGAGGAGACCAUCAACAAAUACCUGUACUUCGCCAACCUGCUGCUGAGAGUUUUCCACCUGAGUUACCUGCACAGCUGUGAGACCAGGAGGGGACAGGUGCUGCUGUGGUCGGCCAGCAAAGUGUUUGAGGAGCUGACGGACAUCGAGAGGCAGUUCCACAAGGCGCUUUACACGGUCAGAGCUUUCCUCAACUGUGACCGUUACUCUGUGGGUCUGCUGGACAUGACCAAGACCAAGGAGUUCUUCGACCUGUGGCCCAUUCUGAUGGGAGAGGUCGCACCUUACGAUGGACCCAAAACUCCAGACGGCAGGGAAAUCAUCUUCUACAAAGUGAUCGACUACAUCCUCCACGGCAAAGAGGACAUUAAAGUCAUACCGGGUCCUACUCCAGACCACUGGGCUCUGGUCAGCGGGUUGCCCACCUACGUCGCAGAGACCGGGCUGAUUUGCAACAUCAUGAACGCAGCUGAGGAUGAUUUUUUCAGCUUUCAGAAAGAGCCCCUGGACGACUCUGGCUGGACCAUUAAGAACGUCCUGUCUAUGCCAAUUGUCAACAAGAAAGAAGAGAUAGUGGGUGUGGCCACGUUCUAUAACAGGAAGGACGGGAAACCCUUUGAUGAAAUGGACGAGACGCUGAUGGAGUCUCUGACCCAGUUCCUGGGCUGGUCGGUGCUGAACACAGACACCUACGACAAGAUGAACAAGCUGGAGAACAGGAAGGACAUCUUCCAGGACAUGGUGAUGUACCACGUCAAGUGUCGCAAGGAUGAAAUCCAGAAUGUUCUGAACACCAGGGAGAGGUGGGGGAAGGAACCGGACGAGUGCGAGGAAGAGGAGCUCCAAGAGAUUCUGUCGGAGGUUUUGCCGAACUCUAAGAAAGCCGAAAUCUUUGAGUUCCACUUCUACGACUUCCACCACACUGAGCUGGAGCUGGUGAAGUGUGGCAUCAAGAUGUACUACGAGCUGAAAGUGGUGGACAAGUUUCACAUUCCCAGAGAGGUCCUGGUCAGGUUCAUGUACUCCCUGAGCAAAGGCUACAGGAAGAUCACGUACCACAACUGGAGGCACGGCUUCAACGUUGGACAGACCAUGUUCACUCUGCUGAUGACAGGAGAUCUGAAGCGCUACUACACGGACCUGGAGUGCAUGGCCAUGGUGACCGCCGGCUUCUGCCACGAUAUCGACCACAGAGGAACCAACAACCUCUACCAGAUGAAGUCUGGUAAUCCUCUGGCGAAGCUUCAUGGCUCCUCCAUCUUGGAAAGACACCAUCUGGAGUUUGGCAAGACUCUGCUGAGAGAUGAUGCCUUGAACAUUUAUCAGAAUCUGAACCGGCGUCAGCACGACACCGUCAUCCACCUCAUGGACAUCGCCAUCAUCGCCACUGAUCUGGCUCUUUACUUCAAGAAGAGGACGAUGUUCCAGAAGAUUGUCGACCAGUCCAAGACCUACGAGAACUGGAACGAGUGGACCAAAUACAUGAUGCUGGAGACCACGCGCAAGGAGAUCGUCAUGGCCAUGAUGAUGACGGCUUGUGACCUGUCUGCCAUCGCCAAGCCGUGGGAAGUCCAGAGCAAGGUGGCGCUUUCCGUGGCUGCAGAGUUCUGGGAGCAGGGAGACUUGGAGAGGACGGUCCUGGAGCAGCAGCCCAUUCCCAUGAUGGACAGAAACAAAGCUGCUGAUCUGCCGAAGCUCCAGUGCGGUUUCAUCGACUUCGUCUGCGCUUUUGUGUACAAGGAGUUCAGCCGGUUUCACGUGGAGAUCACCCCCAUGCUCGAUCGCCUGCUGAACAACAGGAAGGAGUGGAACGCCCUGAAGGAGGAGCACGAGGCCAAACUGGCUGCCCUCGAGGAAGCUAAGAAAGCCAAGGAGGAGGCGGCUCAGAACAACGUGGGGGCCAAACAAGCUGCGAGUGCUUCCGAGUCCGGGUCAAAGACUUGUGUUGUCAGCUAGAGAUGCUACGCCGCUACCGCGUUGCUUCCUGCGCGGCUGUGGAUCCUUCCACUCUUCGGCUGAAACAUCUAAUCAACUCAGGGGUCAUUUCUCGCUUCACGUAUUUCUGCUGCUGCAAUUACUGAAAUCUGACUUUGUUCAACUUUAUUCUGUUUCCUUCUGUGCUGCUUUCUCCGUUUCCUCCUUUGAUUUUGUGUGUUUCUCAUUAGCUGCACUGGGCUUCGUUGUGUGUUCAGGUGUAAAAUUAAAACAUUUGUUAGUCUAGUCAGUUACCAGAAAGCGGCGACAUGCAACAAACUACUUUUUUUAUUCAAAUUCAAACCUGUAAGACAGCUCGAAACAAACCUUUUGAAUACACCGGUUAAUUCAGUGCAUCCGAACACUGCAAGUCUCUUCAAAACGAUCCUAAUGUCAGUCUGGCUUUAACUGAAACCCGACUGGUUUCUCUUUUCAGUUUGUUUCUUUAUGACUCGAAGGGGAAAAAGCUUCAGCCCUGACUAAUAACGUUCAACAAUCAUUCUGUGUUAUUUACACGUCUCGUGACAUUUGUUGUGUUGACAUGUUUGUCCCAGCUUGUUUGCCUACAUAACGUCAGCUAGUCAGAACAGGCACUUUGUGAUGCAAAUAAUGCAGAUCCUAAUAAACUGAGAACACUUGCUCGUAAAAUAGAGGCACGCUGAAAAUAUCUCAUGUAUCAUGUUUCUUCUAUGAGUUAACAAAGGUUUGUUUCUGCUUUGCAAGAUCUACUUUGCUGUCCUCUGUACAUUAAAGUCUAUCCAUUGACA